UGUGCAGGAACACUGGAGAUGAAGCAUCAGAGAGAGUGGAGACCAGUAGAGGGCCCUUACUGGACCCUGAUAGAAGCAGGUUCUGUCUGUAGAAAGCUAAACUGUGGCUCUGCUGUUUCUGUAGAAUCAACAGAGACAUCAUCAGUGAGAUCUAUGUGGAAGAUCACUCCGUAUUGUAUUUAUAGAAACAUUGAGAUGAUUUGUGCAACAUCAUCGAUUUCUAACUCUAGCCUGGACCUCACUUGCUCAGACUCUGUCAGGCUGGUGAAUGGGAGCAGGAGCAGUCUGUGCUCAGGCAGACUGGUGGUGAAGUCUAAUCAGUCCAACCAUCAGUGGUCUUCAGUGUGUGAAGCUAACUUUGACCGGCAGGAUGCAGAGGUGGUCUGUAGGGAGCUUGGCUGUGGGGCUCCUUCAGUCCUCCAGGGGGCGCUCUAUGGAGAAGGGGAGGCUCCAAUGUUAACCAGAGAGUUCCAGUGUGGAGGAAAUGAGUCCUCUCUCCUAGACUGUAGAAGCUCAGACUCAGCUGCAAGGUCCUGCUCAUCUGGCAAAGCUGUUGGCCUCACCUGCUCAGCACCUGUCAGGUUGGUGGGAGGAAAAAGCCGCUGUGCAGGACGGGGAAAAGGGCACCCAGAAAGAUCUGUGUGGGUGAUUGAGCCUGAAUGUGUUCAGUCCGGAUCUGCUGUGAGGGAGUGUGUAAUGUCAAAUUCCUCUCUACUCUUCGUACAUCUCACCUGUUCAGACUCUGUCAGGCUGGAGAAUGGGAGCAGUCUGUGCUCAGGCAGACUGGUGGUGAAGUCUAAUCAGUCCAACCAUCAGUGGUCCUCAGUGUGUGAAGAUGACUUUGACCGGCAGGAUGCAGAGGUGGUCUGUAGGGAGCUUGGCUGUGGGGCUCCUUCAGUCCUCCAGGGGGCGCUCUAUGGAGAAGGGGAGGCUCCAAUGUUAACCAGAGAGUUCCAGUGUGGAGGAAAUGAGUCCUCUCUCCUAGACUGUAGAAGCUCAGACUCAGCUGCAAGGUCCUGCUCACCUGGCAAAGCUGUUGGCCUCACCUGCUCAGAACCUGUCAGGUUGGUGGGAGGAAUAAGCCGCUGUGCAGGUUACCUGGAGGUAAAACAGGGAGACUGGAAAGGAGUAAGUGAAUUUCGCUGGACCUUGAAGGAAGCAGAUGUUACCUGUAGAGAACUAGACUGUGGCUCUGCUCUGUAUAUAGGACAAGAGCGUGCCCAAUACAGCAUAAUGCAAUCCUAUGCUGACUGUGUUCAGUUUGCGGCUGUCUGGAGGAAUUGCAUAACAAAAAAUCCCACUCCUUUCAAUCUGAAUCUCACCUGCUCAGAUUUGCUGCUUCAGCCCAAAAUCUCUGUGUCCUCCUUCAUGGAUGGGGACUCUGAGGCCCAGCAGCAGGUGUUUCGAGUGGUAAAGGGCUCCACCUUCACCAUCAGCUGCUCCAUCCAGCCCCAGUACCCAGGAGGCUCCUUCCAGCUCACCUUCACCUCUUCCGACUCAGCACACAACUACACUCAGCCAGCUGUCAACCACUCUGCCAAUUUCCUGUUUCCUGUUGUAAAGCCCGCCCACCAAGGAAACUACAGCUGUGUUUAUCACCUCUAUGUUUUUUCUCAUAACUUCUCCUCUGACAGCCGUCUGCUCUUUGUUAAUGUCUUAGAUCCAACACCUCUUAUCAUCAGAGCGGUUGUCCUGCCAUUGACUCUGCUGCUGGUGAACACUGGCAUGUACUUCUACUGUAAGGCCAGUAGGGGGCAGAAGCCACGCAUACAGAAGAACACUGAGCUGGAUAAUUAGAAGCCUGUUUCAGCAGCUGAAAGGCCGACUGAAGAGAAAGGAGCUAUUAUGUGUGCAUUUUCUUACUCUCAUCGUCAAGAGACUGAAGCAGAAUGUGUCUUUUCAUACUUUGUGUGUUGUGUAAAAACAGUAUAGUGGGUAGUGAUGUUCCAAUGAAGCUUCAUGAACCAUUUUCUUUAUUUUAUGAGUCCACUAGAUGGAGCUCUCUGUUCAACAAGAGCUGAAAUCACACUCAAUUACCAUAGCUUGAGCCCUUUUCUUUAAAUUAAGAGCACUAUCUAGUGGUCUCAUAAAAUAAAGAAAAUGGUUCAUGAGGCUUCAUUGACACAUCACUAAUAGUGGGGUCCAAUCAGCGGACGCAACUGAAAACCAAAGACACUCUGACCAAGGAUGACUGGGAACAACUUUGAUCAAAUAAAUCAAGAUGUUAAAUGAAAUAAGCUUGAAACAUUGUGAUACAUCUUUAGUAUUACAAUGCUCGACGUGAAAAUAAAAAAAUUGACAAUUUAAUCCUGGGAUAACAGGAGGAACAUUGUAGUUGCAGAUCUGGAGCACAUCUAGUGAGAUGUUGAGAAUCUCCUUCAAAAAAUGAAUCAGAAAUUUGAGAAAUUGUAUCAGAAAUAUAUGACCGGCGAAAUAGGACCUUUGUGCUAGUUGGUACCUUGCAUUAAGUUAAAAAAUAAUAAUGGCAAAAAAAAAAAAAAUUGAGUUCUAAUCCUAUUUGUUGUGUUGAAAGAUUUAAAUUAGAAUUUAGGUUAUUUUUCUGGUUAAGGAAUAUUGAUAUUGUCUUAUUUUUUAUAAUGAAGGAAUGUGUUUGUUUCAUUAAAAAUAUAUAAUUUUGUAUUUAAGAAUAAUUUCAGUUAUUAUAAAGGAUUUUUGAAUUUCAUAAUAAGUUUGCUUAUUUGUAUUAAGAACUUUGGUUAAUAUGGUAAUUGAGGAAUAAACCUAUUUUGUAGGAAUUUAGUUUCAUUUUUUAUGAGCAAUUGUGUUUAUAUCUUAUUAUAAAGGACUUUGUUAAAUUUUCUUAAGAUGUUAUUUCAUAAGACGUUUACUUAAUUCUCUUCUUCAGGAUUUUUCUUAUUUUGUAACAGUUUGGCUUAUUUUUCUGUAUUUCAGGACAUUAUUUAAUUUUAUGUAAUUAUGCAAUGGAUUGAUAUUAUGUAAAAAGUAAUUGUUUUCAUUUGAUAAGAAAUGUACUUGGUUUCAUAAUUAAGUAAGCAUAUUAUUUCAUAAUAAGAAUUUUGUUUAGGUUUGAUAUUAAGAUUGUUUUCAGUUUCAAAGGGUCUUUGUUCAUAUUCAUAUUUGUGAGCAUUUUUCUUUAAACCAAUAAUAAUAAAGAAGCCUCAAGGUUCAUGAGGCUUUAUUGGCACAUCACACAGUGUGAUACAACAUAUCCAAACAAAUACUCUUAAUAGAGAUGAGAGAUGAAAUGAUCAAGAUCACUGUAAUAAAUGUGUUACUAUU